CACUACACUUCAACUUCGACUCUUCUGGAAGACUCGAAAACUCUGCGCUCCUUCCUGCCACAAGAUAUCUCAGUCCGCCCCACCUGACACACUCAAUCCUUUUUUGAUUUCUUCAAAUCCUUUACCACCCUUCACCUUCCUCACUUUCCCUUUGGAAUCGUUCACGAAUCCACCAACCCCGUCAAUACUUUUGCGCUCUGCGAGUAUCAAAAGCUUCAUCACUUGAGUAUCCCAUUCACAAGAAUAUUCAUCACCUUCUCUUUUCACACAUCCCCCAAGCGUUCACCAUGGUUCGCAUCAACUCCUUCGCCGUGGCUGUCGCCGCCAUCAUCGGUGUUCCCAUGGUCGAGUCUCACACCUGGGUUGAGCAGCUCAACCGCGUCGCUGCCAACGGCACUCUCGUUGGUCCUGAUGGCUUUUCCAAUGGCUGGGCUGGUCGUCUCAGCGGCUUCAAUGACGAGCGAUACACUAUGCGCAUUCCCGGAAAGGGCUUCGACCUUUGCCAGCAGUCAAUGCCCGGUGACCAGCCACCGGACUUUCCGGUCUUGACUGCUGCUCCUGGCGACUUCGUCUCUCUUCGCUACCAGGAGAACGGCCAUGUCACUCAACCGAACACGCCUCCACAAAAGCCCCUCAACCGUGGUACUGUCUUCAUUUACGGCACCGCCCAGCCUAAGUCGAACCCCAGCGUCUUCGACAUUCACCGCCAGUGGACUGCUGACGGCAAGGGUGGCGAUGGCACUGGUCGCCUCCUGGCCACCCGCAACUACGACGAUGGCCAGUGUCACCAGGUCAACAAUUCGCCCAUUUCCCAGAAGCGUCAGAAAGACACUGAGCAUGCAGCUCUCCAGCCCAUGGGCGUCAAUAUUUGGUGCCAGACAGCCUUCCAGAUCCCCGAGGAUCUGGCCCAGAACUCCGAGUACUCCGUCUACUGGGUCUGGACCUGGCCUACUCUCAAGGCGGAUGCCGUCGACAAGUCCACGAAUGGCCAGUUUGCCGACUUCCCUGUUGGCUUCACGGAGGACAAGCGCGCUGCCACCUCUGAGGAUAUCGAGCUGCCUGAGCUCUACUCUAGCUGCUCCACUAUCAAGGUUCAGGGUGAGAAGCUUGUGGCUGGUAUCAAGUCUGCUUCCAGCUCCAACGAUCUAUCUGCGUUCACGUUCCCCGACAAGACGGACUUCAAUGUCAAUGCCAUCAAGGACCAGCUCGCCAAUGCCUUCUUGGUCAGCGUCGACGGCCAGGCUGCCCCUGUCAACUCGGCUCCCAACGGUACUAAGAGCAGCACUCCGGUCGCUACUCGCACUCCGACUCCCACCGUUCCUUCUGGAGUCGCCCAGGGCACCAACCAGGCUCGAGUUCUCACUGUUUCUGCUCCUGCUAUGACUCUGUACUCGUUCCUCACCGUCACCCUCGAUGCCCAGACUCCUGCUCCAACUCCCACUAGCGGUCAACAGUCUGCUGAGGCUAGCGUCACCCCUUUCCUCCACGGCCGUCAUGUCAGAGGUAGAGACUCUUGGAACUUCGGCCAGGGCAACUAAGGUAUUGGAGAUCCACGUCACACAAUCACUUUGAGGAACACACAUCGUCUGCUCAACUGUGCACAACAUGCUUCGGCUUUUUCUGGCUCGACAAUUUCUUUCUUUCUUUACUUUCAUUGCUAUUCUUCAACAAUACCCAGCACUCCCAUACCACUCUCUUGGAGUUUGGACUCUCUUUUCGGUAUCGCCAAAGUCAUACAGUACAUACAUUCGGUUAUAGGCAUUACGUUCUCUUCAAC